CUCUCUCUUCUUUAACAUCUCUGGCUCUGCAUUUCUUGCAGUUCACGCUAAUCUCCUGUGCUGGUUCCCUUCUCUCUCUCCAGCAAUGGCAGAAGGAGCCUGAACUUUCGUCUUUUUGUUUCCUGUCUGCUUUGCUGUUCUCAAUUUUCUCUUUGGUUUCUCCCAACUAGAAAAAAAUAAUUCAACAAGUUUUGGGCUUAUUACCUCAAAAGGAAAGUGCAUCAAAGAAAGAAUCAAGACGAAAGGAAAAAUGAAGAAGAAGAUGCAGCUAAUGAGUUUAUGUUCAGCAAUGGUGGUUUUUCUGCUUCUUGGUGUUGCUUCUUCUACAAACGACGAAGGGAAAGCUUUGAUGGCGAUAAAAGGGUCUUUCAGCAACUUAGUGAAUUUGCUUUUGGACUGGGACUAUGUUCAGAACUCGGACUUCUGCUCUUGGAGAGGUCUCAUCUGCGACAAUGUUAGCUCCACCGUUGUCUCCCUGAACCUGUCCAAUCUGAACCUUGGAGGGGAGUUAUCUCCAAGUGUUGGAGACCUACGGAAUUUACAAUCCAUAGACUUGCAAGGAAAUAAAUUGGCUGGUCAAAUACCAGAUGAGAUUGGAAACUGUGCUUCUCUUGUUUAUCUGGAUCUCUCUGACAAUCUGCUAUAUGGAGACAUACCCUUCUCAAUAUCCAAACUCAAGCAGCUUGAAACUCUGAACUUAAAGAACAAUCAACUCACAGGCCCAAUACCAGCAACCUUAACCCAGCUUCCAAACCUUAAGAUACUUGAUCUUGCAGGGAACCAUCUAACGGGUGAGAUACCAAGGAUACUCUAUUGGAACGAAGUUUUACAGUACCUUGGUUUACGUGGGAACAUGUUGACUGGAACGUUGUCUUCUGAUAUGUGUCAGCUAACCGGUUUGUGGUACUUUGAUGUGAGAGGCAAUAAUCUAACUGGAACUAUCCCGGAGAGCAUUGGAAACUGUACAAGCUUUGAAAUUCUGGACAUAUCUUAUAAUCAGAUUACUGGUGAGAUCCCUUACAACAUCGGUUUUCUCCAAGUCGCCACUCUGUCACUACAAAGAAAUAGAUUGACGGGUACAAUUCCGGAAGUUAUUGGUCUAAUGCAGGCUCUUGCUGUUUUGGAUUUGAGUGAUAAUGAGCUAGUUGGUCCUAUCCCACCGAUUCUUGGCAAUCUCUCAUUCACUGGAAAGCUGUAUCUUCAUGGCAACAAACUCACUGGUCCAAUCCCACCUGAGCUUGGGAACAUGUCACGUCUCAGCUAUUUGCAACUAAACGAUAAUAAACUAGUGGGAACUAUCCCACCUGAGCUUGGGAAACUGGAGCAAUUGUUUGAACUGAAUCUUGCCAACAACCUUUUGGUAGGGCCGAUACCAUCAAACAUUAGUUCAUGUGCAGCCUUGAAUCAAUUUAAUGUUCAUGGUAACCUCUUGAGUGGAUCUAUACCAUUGGCGUUCCGCAAUCUCGGGAGCUUGACUUAUCUAAAUCUUUCGUCCAACAAUUUCAAGGGAAGAAUACCAGCUGAGCUUGGACAUAUAAUCAAUCUUGACAAACUAGAUCUAUCAGGCAAUAAUUUCUCAGGGUCUAUACCACUAACGCUUGGUGAUCUAGAACACCUUCUCAUAUUAAAUCUCAGCCGAAAUCAUCUCUGUGGACAAUUUCCUGGAGAGUUUGGGAACCUUCGAAGCAUUCAAAUGAUUGAUGUAUCAUUCAAUCUUCUUUCCGGAGUUAUUCCCACUGAACUUGGCCAGUUGCAGAAUCUAAACUCUUUAAUAUUGAAUGACAACAAGCUUCAUGGGAAAAUUCCGGAUCAGCUUACAAACUGCUUCACGCUUAUAAAUCUGAAUGUUUCCUUCAACAAUCUCUCCGGGAUAAUCCCACUAAUGAAAAACUUCUCACGCUUUGCUCCAGCCAGCUUCAUCGGGAAUCCAUAUCUUUGUGGAAAUUGGAUUGGAUCUAUUUGUGGUCCUUCUCUAGCUAAACCGCGAGUAUUCUCCAUAGCUGCUGUGAUCUGCAUUGUGCUCGGUUUCUUCACUCUGCUAUGUAUGAUAUUCAUCGUGGUUUACAAAUCUAAGCAGCAGAAGAAAAUACUAAAAGGCUCCUCAAAACAACCUGAAGGCGCAACCAAGCUAGUGAUUCUCCACAUGGACUUGGCGAUUCACACAUUCGAUGAUGUAAUUAGAGUAACAGAGAAUUUCAGCGAAAAGUUCAUAAUUGGAUACGGUGCAUCCAGCACGGUCUACAAAUGCACUUUGAAAACUUCCCGACCUAUUGCCAUUAAGCGACUCUACAAUCAGAAUCCGCACAACUUGCGCGAGUUUGAGACAGAACUCGAGACCAUAGGGAGCAUCAGGCACAGAAACAUAGUUAGCUUGCACGGAUACGCCUUGUCCUCUAUUGGAAACCUUCUUUUCUAUGAUUACAUGGAAAAUGGAUCUCUUUGGGACCUUCUUCACGACCCUGAGUAUGCUCGUACCUCUCGUCUCAAUGAGAAAUCUGACAUCUACAGCUUCGGGAUUGUUCUUCUUGAGCUUCUUACCGGGAAGAAAGCAGUGGAUAACGAAGCUAACUUGCAUCAACUGAUACUGUCAAAGGCUGAUGAUAAUACUGUGAUGGAAGCAGUUGAUCCAGAGGUUACUGUAACUUGUAUGGACGUGGGACAUAUCAGGAAGACAUUUCAGCUAGCUCUUUUAUGCACAAAGCGAAACCCUUCGGAGAGACCCACGAUGCUUGAAGUCUCUAGGGUUCUGCUUUCUCUCCUUCCAUCCCUGCAAGUGGCGAAGAAGCUGCCUUCUCUUGAUCCAUCAAAAAAGCCUACAGACUCUGGAGUUAGGGACCAGCAAAAGCAGCAGCAGGAGAGGAGUGAAGUUAGGAAUCGUGAAGGAGAUGGAUCGCAAUGGUUUGAUCAGUUCCGUGAAGUUAUCUCCAAAAGUAGCUUAUAAGAUUUCCACUCUAAAGGAGCUUUUUGCUUGCUCUCUUGUGUUCCCAAGGAAGAUGGUCUUGCUGGUUGGAAGUGAAGCAUGGUUUUAUCGUAAAUUUAGUGUUUUACAAGGGGCAUUUUGGGUAGGUUAAAAGAAGGUAUGCUUGAUGUGAGAAGCAUUUAAGACAAGAACAUAGUUUAUAUGAAAAAGGAUAUGUGAAGUUAAUGUUUCUUUUUUCCUUCCAAGAACAUGGUCACGAGUUCGUUAAAGUCUUUUAGUCUUCUGAAUUAAUGGCUUACAUAUGACCCCACACAAAAUAUCAUCAAAUAACUUUCUCUAUGCAUAUAUCUAAACAAGUAUACACGUUUAUAUAUAUAUUAGACAUAGAAAUGCGUGUGUAAACAUGAUAAGAACAUCUUCGAGGUGAGGAUUAAGCAAUGAUUAGGCUCCUUGCAACUUCAUGAGAAUCGUAUUUCCAGCAUAAGUCCAGCCCCCUGUUAAUAUCUGUCCUGCAGGAGUUCUGAGUUCCAUAUUUGAUGCUACUUGCUUCACCGAGUUCUUCUUUGCUUGUUGAUCUCUUUGAGUCCAGAGGGGAAAUAUUAGAUUCAUACACUUGGCAAUUUAUCUUUCUGCUGUGAUUUCCUUUGACUAUCCUACCCUUUGAGGAACCAAUGGGUUUUAGCCUGCAGGAGUUUGUAGCACCAUUCUCUUCUAUGGCAUCAGUUUUGGCCUUUGAAGAGCGUUCCUUUGCUCUCAGUGAGGUUCUUAAACGAAACGCCUAAUGGAGAAAGCUCUAUUAGUUCAUGUGGGAGGAUAAAAACUUUCGACUGGAAGAUUUGUUAUACACUUACCUGAAGAUCUUGAGACCGUGGAGUAUUACUUUUAGAUGAAAUAAUCCUUGGUUUCACAUUCUGCUCGGUUUCUGAGUUAAGCUUAGACCUGUGCCUUUCAGAUCUUUCUGCAGUUCUGAGAUUAGGUUCCUUUGGAACAGUGAGUUUAGAUCUUCUGUUGGAGUUAACUUGAGCCACCUUAGCUUCCUGUUUCUGCCUUUUGGUGUCUUGGUUUUGCAACUUGGAGGCUAAGAUCGGAGAUAAGUUAUCGGCUAACCUGCCUAAUGAUCUCUGACAUCUUGUGAGAAGUUGAACAGAGUAUUUGUCUAGUGGUUUGUUCUGCCUUGCAAGCAAAGAAGCCGUAGGUCUUGUAAGAGUUGAGAUACUUGGUUUGGUUUUUGAUUUCGAUUUUGUCUUGGAGACAUCUUUAACCGUUUGACGAAUCAUGAAUCAAAUACCGUUGUAUUUAUCUUUCCGGUUCAGACCCGUAUCCAAGGAUUCGAUGACAGGUUUUGAGAUCUCGACAGGCUUAGAUUCUGAGCUUGUGCUUGUAAUUUGCUUGAUUGGCUCAAAUUUCCAAUUGAACUUUGGGCUAAAAGGCGAAGGAGGGUAAUUUCCAGCUGAUUCGAACCAGAUUUCGAUUUCCUCCGUCUCGGAAUCAAGCUCUGGUCUAGAGAAAUCGUAGAACCGAGGUGCAUCAAAUUCGAAAUCAAUGUCGAACUCCUCCAAGGAAAACUCUUCUCCAUUUAAUCCCAUUGUUGAUUCCGGAACCAUUGUUAAACCGGAAAAUUCCUCGAGAAUUCCGAUCUGAGACGACGGGAAUUGAGAGGGAGAGUUUCACAUUCAAUCGGAGAUGUUCUUCUCCCUCUCCCUCCCUCCUUCCCCUCGAUUCAAUUUUCAGGAGAACCUCUCGAGAAUUUUUCUCCAGAAAAUUAGGAGAGAGAAAGAGAAUGUGAAAGAGAGAGAGAGAGAGAGAAAGAUUAGAGAUGGAGAAGAUGAGAGAGAGAGAGGGGAAGAAGGUAACGACCCUAAUUUAGUUGGC